GAUCCUCCCCAUCUUAUUAACCGCACGGAAACUCCCCCACCGCUCGCUCGCGCACGCUCGCUCUGUCUCCCCCCUUCCUCGCAUUUACACUCACAAUUCCUCGCAUUUACACCCAAGCCCUGCCCUGCCUAUGUUUCCUCCUCCAUUAUGGACGAAAAAAAAUUAAAAUUAGUCCACCUCUUUUUCCCUCUUUUCAUCCUUCUCCAAUCCCCUCGUUCCACUCCACUCCCUCCGCGCUUCACCUCCCCCAUUUCCUAGGGUUUCUGCUCGACCUCGAACUCCCUCCAUCGAUUUCCCCCAUUUCAAUCCCCUAACCCUCGAAUCCUCCUCUCAUAUAGGGUUUCUUGCAUGGAUUCCUAGCCCGUCGAUGGCCCACUAUUCUAGGGUUUAUCCGGCCCCCAUCGAGAUCCCGCCAUGGGCGCCCUGACGGACCACCGCAAGCGCUGCUUCGUCGACCUCUGCAUCCCAUUCUCCCCCCAUUCCCUCUUCGAUUCCUCCUCAUCUACCCCCUUGAAGAAGCCCAAGCUCCAAUUCCUCCCGUCCACUCCCGAUCGCGCGCCUCCGCCGCCGUCGCUGCAUAGUCUCCCUAGUUCCCCUCUGCCUUCUCCCCUGCCCCGGCCGCUUCACGGCCCUCAGCGAGUUCUCAAGGCUUUUGGUCUGGGAUCGGCCGGAAGGACCCCGCGGAAGUGGUUUAGCCUGACUGAUCUGAGCUUGGACAUGGGGAACUUUGUUUCGAGGCUCUUUCAGCAAAAGAAAGCAGCUUGGAGCGCUUUGUCAUCUCGCCGGAAAGGGGAGGCGUCGGUGAGUGAGAAUGGGAGCCAUGAGAGGUUCAGAUUGGAGGAAUACAAGCGGUUGGUGGUGGACUCACAAGAGGAGCACUCGGGAGUGGUCUCGGAUUCCGCAAAGGUAGGUCUUUUGCGGUCCUUCGCUUCGGCAGUGUCCGAUUUGACAAUUGUGACUAGGAAGGAUGAGGAACUGUCUGAUCCACAUGUUUUGAGUCGGAAGGUGGAAGAUGCGAGGAAAGUUGCGUUGGAGGCCAUUCCAGUGAGGGAGGAGAGGGCAUGGGUAAAGAAAGGACCUUUGUACAAAGAGUUGUAUGCGGAGGCGAAGAAGCAUGAUUCUAAAUUGAGUAGAUUGGAACUCGAGGUGAAGUUAACCGAGGAGAAGAUCUCCAGAUUCCGCUUAGCAUCAGAGGCACGGAGAGAGAAACCCAAGGAGGAUCUGCAUGAACUUUUUACCCCUCUCACAGAUGAAGAAGAGAAUGAAGUCUCUUGGGCAUUGUGGGGUGGUAGCAGUCGUGUAGUCCUGGUCACACAUGAGGCAUCUAAUAUCGAGAUUACAAGAGAGGUCUUGCAAUGCUUGAGUAGUGGUGCCUGGUUGAAUGAUGAGGUCAUAAAUGUGUACCUUGAGUUACUGAAAGAAAGGGAAAGAAGAGAACCUGGGAAGUUUUUGAAAUGCCAUUUCUUCAAUACAUUUUUCUAUAAAAAGCUGAACAGUGGUAGAAAUGGUUAUGACUUCAAGGCUGUAAGAAGAUGGACUACCCAAAAGAAGUUAGGGUAUGGCCUUAUCGAGUGUGACAAAAUCUUUGUCCCUGUACACAAAGAUAUACACUGGUGUUUAGCGGUUAUUAAUGUAAAGAAUGAGACCUUACAAUAUCUUGAUUCGCUCGGUGGCAUGGAUACUGUUGUGCUAAGAGUGCUGGCUACAUAUUUCAUGGAUGAGGUGAAGGACAAGAAUGACAAGCAGAUAGACACGACAUCGUGGAAGCAAGAAUCAGUUGAUAACCUCCCUUUACAGAAAAAUGGGUGGGACUGUGGAAUGUUCAUGCUCAAGUACACAGACUUCUACAGUAGAGGUUUGAGUCUCUCUUUCAGCCAGGAACACAUGGAAUAUUUCAGGAAGAGAACUGCCAAGGAAAUUUUGAGGUUGAGAGCGGAAUGAAUCCAAUAACAAGUCAUUUUAGAUGAUAUCCAGCCCCAUGUUUGGUAGAUGCAAAGAUGGUAAAAGCAUGUGCUCGCAUACGGGUUGGUUUUGAGUGUUGGCGUUUUGUAUUCCUUAGUGCGUGAUAUUGAAUUGGCUUCACUGAGGUGGCUAAGCUAAAAUGGUAAAAUGGUAUACGUUGGCGUUUGAAAAUUGUGUAUAGUUUUCUCAUGGUUCUGGAAUACCAUGUAGCUGUAAAGUUACCACAUUGUUAUAGCAUGUAUAGCAUGAACAUCGAGGGCUGGGAAGCUGUAGUUUUGUGUUGGUGGGUUGAGAUGCUAUCUUUUGCUUUUGGCCUUGCCUGCUUUCAAAGAUUUGUGCUGAUUGUUUUGUCAAAUCCAAGGACUCUAGUUUCUUUUUGUAUGCACAUCGACUGCUGGGAUUGUAGUAAACCUGAACUCUUGGAGAGAAUGGCAACCGGCAUGUCAUUUUCGUUUA